CGAGACUGCCGCCUCUUGCCUGCACUACUACUACCUUGGUUCACGCUCCCCCCUUCGACUUCCACACGCUUUGCUCUGCGCAUCGUCCAGAGAGCAGAAGCAGAUCCUCGCGGACAUUGAGUCGGGCUCGAACAAAUUCGGCCGCCGUCUCCUCGGAUCACGCAGCAACAGCAGCAGGCAAGCGCCUCCGCACCCAGUAUCCCCCGCUGCAGCCGCCGCGGGUAAAGCAGACGACAGCAGAGGCCGUAAAUCUUUCAGUAGUAGCAAUCGCCCGGGACUGCCCAAACGCACAAGCAGCAUGCGAGGUGCCUACAACUACUUUUUCGGCAGCGGACAGCCCAUGCCCGCCCCAGCGACGCCCACCAGCCCAGUCAUGACGGCCGAUACCGCCAGCAGCGACCAGCACAUUGGCCUCGACUCGCCGCCUGAUACGCAGGACGCCGAUGUCGAGGUCACUGGCCGCCUCAGUGAGGAUGAAGCGAGCCCUGGUCGCCACUACUCCAUGUCUCUGCAUGCAGGCUCUCUCUACACACCUGCCUCGGCUCUACUGACCCACCGCCUGCCAGCAGCAGACCCGCCGUCGCCCACGCCCAGCGACAAUGUCGCCUCCCAGCUCGCCACGCUAAAGAAGCGCCUGGCCCGCGCCGAGGCCGAGCUCGAGGAGGCGCACAAGGUCGCCCAGACCCAGGACGAGAACGUCAAGACGCUCGAGGUCGGCCACAAGGAGCGCCAGAAGGGCUUCGAGGAGCGCGAGGCGACACUCCAGCAGGACAAGAAGGACCUCGAGGAGCACAUGGUAAGCGUCGUCGUCCAGCAGGUGCGCGAGGCAAAGGCCAAGGAGCGCAGCACCGUGCGCGACGAGUGCGAGGUCGAGUUCGCCGACAAGAUGGCCGCCGUCGCCACCGAAAACAAGGCGCGCGUCGCCGAGCUGCAGCACGAGAUUGAGGCGCUCAAGGCUGAGAUUGUCACCCUCAAGGAGUCGAUAGCUAGCCUGAAGGCUGACAAGGCCGACAAGGGCGGUCUCGUCCCCAAGGCUGACCUCGAAGUGCUGGCUGCCGAAAAGGCCGCCGCCGAGGAGUCUCUUGCCAAGGCUGAGACGGAGCUCGAGUCGCUUGCGGUCGCGAAGAAGCUCGCUGAAGACUCGUUGGUCACUGUCACCGCCGACUACACGACCAUGCAGACGGCCAAUGCUGAGCUCAACGAGCUGAUCAAGGGAUCCAAGCAGCAUCUGACCGAGACCGCGCGCGCCGACGUUGACGCCCGUGAUGAGAGCAUCGCCGCCCUCGCCCUCGAGAAAGAGACCGCGCACAAGUCGGUCAAGCAGCUCGAGGCCCAGGUCGAAGAGCUCAAGAGCCAGAUCAAGGACGUGCAGGCCAAGUUCGACGAGCAAGCCAGCAAGAUCGCCGUCCAGGCUGAGGAGCAGACUAAGUUGGCCCAUGACAACGAGGUCCGCGGCACUAAGAUCACCGUGCUUGAGGAGGCUGUCGCUGCCAAGGUGAUUGCUGCUGACGAGGCUGCUGCCAAGGUUGUGGAGCUCCAGAAGGCCCUCGGCGAUGCUGAGGCCGAGCUUGCUAACAAGGCACACAACCUCGACUCCGCAAAGGCUACUAUCGUUGCCAAGACGGAGGAUGCUGAUGCCAAGGUCACUGAACUUGAGAACGCGCUUGCGCAGGCGAAGGAGGACCUUGCCACCAAGACGUCUGAACUCGAGGCUGCCAAGGCUGACGCCAUCGCAAAGUCUGAGGAGGCUGCCGCUAAGGUUGCUGAGCUAGAGACUGAGCUCAAGAAUGCUCAGGAAGAGCUCGCCACCAGGACGUCUGACCUUGCAUCCGCCAAGGUUGACAUGGCCACCAAGUCGGAGGAGGCUACUACCAAGGUCACAGAGCUGGAAAACGCGCUCGUCGAGGCCAAGGAGGAGCUCGCUAAGAAGCAGGCUGCCUUCGAGGCUGCUCAGGCUGAAGCUGUUGCAAAGUCUGAGCUGGCCCAUACCAACGCCAACCAGCUCACCAUGCUCACCGCGUCCUCCACGACUGAGAUUGACGCGCUCAAGGCCGAGAUCAGCGAUUUGCAGAAGAACCUCAAGGCUGCCGAGUCAGGCAAGGACACGGCAGAGGGUGACCUUGAGACUGCACGCGCUAAGAUUGCCGAGCUGGACGCUUCUCUCCAGAAGGUUCUGGAUGAGUUGGUUACCAAGAAGGCUGAAGUUGAUGCCACCUCGACUGCACUUGCUGUUGAGGAGGAGGCCGCUGUCAAGGCCGUCGAGGAAGCAGACAGCCAGGUUGAUGUCCUCACUGCCAAGGUUGCGGAGCUUGAGAAAGCCCUGCAAGGCGAGAAGAGCAAUGUCGAGGCUCUCAACACCAAGGUUGCGGAGCUCGAGAAGGCGCUUCAAGAGUCCAAGGACAAUCUGGCGGCGAAGCAGACCGAGUUGGAGAUUGCGAAGACUGAUGCUAGCAAGAUCUCCGAGGUCUCUGACGCCAGGAUUACUGAGCUCGAGGCUGCACUUAACGAGACCAAGGCUGAUGCUAGCAAGGCUGCUGCCACCUCGAAAGAGGAGAAGGAAGUACUUGAGAGCACUGUCGCCACUUUGUCGGCUUCGCUCAAGGAGGCCAAGGACAACUUGGCCGCUAAGGAGUCUGAGUUGGAGGCUGCUAAGAGCGAGGUUGGCGAGACCAGCAAGGCUCUUGCAUCUUCGAAAGAGGAGGCUGAGGGACUGAGGGCCACCGUUGCGACUCUCGAGGCUUCGCUCAAGGAGGCAAAGGACGUUGUGGCUACGAGAGAGUUGGAGACUGAGGCUGCCAAGUCCGAUGCCACCAAGACAUUCGAGGUUACGGCUGCAAAGAUCGCUGGGCUGGAGAUGUCGUUGACGGAGGCGCGGGAUGCUUUGGUCGCCAAAGACUCUGUGUUGGAGACUGCCAAGGACGAAUCCAGCACCGCUGUUGAGGCUGCUCAAUCAGACGCUCAAGCACUUCAGAUCAAGAUUGGCGAUUUGGAAUCCGCCUUGAACGAGGCGAAGACCAACCUCGCAGCCAAGGACGCCGAACUCGAGGCAGCCCAGAAGGAUGUCGUCGUUGCGAAGGAGGACAUUACCAAGGUUACUGAGACCGCCAAGGUUGAUGCCGAGGGUCUCCAGAGCAAGAUUGCUGAGUUGGAGGCAUCAAUCAAGGAGCAGGACGCGAAGCUCGCUGAACAGGCCCAGGCUACCUUGUCAUCCAAGAGCCAAUCCGAUGAGCUGGCUGCCAAGGUCGCUGCCCUCGAGGAGUCUCUUAUGGAGGCCUCGACCAAGCUGGAAGCCAAGGAUGUAGCGCACACUGCAGCUCUCGAGGUUGUUACCUUGUCCAAGGUUGACGCCGAGAAGGCUGUCGAGUCUUCGAAGGUGGACGUUGAGGCUCUUACCGCCAAGGUUGCUGAGUUGGAGUUGGCCAACAAGGCCACCGCUGCUGACAACGAGGCACUCCAGACGGCCAAGAACGUACUUGACAGCGAGUUGACGGCCACUAAGCUAGCCAAGGAGGAAGUCGAUACUCAGCUGGAGAUCUCGAUUGUGAAUGACGCCAAGAUCGCUGAGCUGCAGGCUCAACUCGAGAAGACGACCGCCGACCAUGCUAUUGCGCUCAAGACGGCACAGGACCACAUGGAAGAGGUCCAGCUGUCUCAAGUCACACUCCAGGAAGAGCUCAAGGUCGCCAAGGUCGCUGAAGCCGCUACCACACCUCUGCAGACCGAGCUCGUGGAAGCAAAGGCUCUGGCAGAGAAGGCGGUCGCCGAAAAGACCGAACUGGAAGCCGACAUCAAGGUCCAGGGCGCCAAGAUCACCGAACUCGAAUCCAGCAUCGAAACCGUCGAGAAGGAGAAGACCACCAAAGACGCCGAGAUCACUGAACUCCACGCGAAGAUUGUCGAGGCCUCGCAAGGAUCCGACGCUCUCAAGACGCUCGAAGCCUCAAAGGCCGACGUCGACGCCCAGCUCCUCGAGGCCAAAACUACCCUCGCAACCCACGAGGAGAAGUCGACGACUUUCGAGACCGAACUCACUACCCUCAAGGCCGCGAAUGAGACGUCGCACGCUGAACUCGAGGCGCUUAAGGUGUCGCUUGAUAAGGCGAAGACGGAUCAGGAGCAGCUGAAGAAACUUAACACGGCGGUUAUGGAGAAACUCAAGGCGAAGGAUGCGCAGAUUAAGGAGUUGAGCGCUAAGGCUAAUGGGGCUGCGUAGUUUUUUCGCUCAUCACGAGUCGAAGCAGAUGACCCGCCGAGAGGUUGAUGUUCCGCGAAAAGGGGGUAGGAGGAAACGAUGAUAUCGUUCGUUUCGGUCUCUGUGUGUGGAGUGUUUUGAGAAGCGGUAGUAGAUUGUAGUAGUGGGCAUCUGGCAUUAUACCCCCCCUCUCCCCUCCCCUUACCCCCCCUGCCUCCUGCCCCCUGCCUUCGUUUGCGAAGCUUUGCGUCGUUGGCGGGAUGGAUGGAUGUGGCCCGCGUGUCUGUCUGUGUGUACGUGUGUACGUGGGAAGGUUAAUGCGUGGUCAUUUCGUCUUGCUGCAUUUUUCUGCACUCUCUCCUCCUGGUUUGUGGGUUCGGGGUUGGUCCCGGGGUGGGUUUCUGGGUCUUUUUUCGGAAUGUGUCUCUUUUUCGUGGUGAAGGGAGUGGAGUGGAG